AUGCAGGAAGAAAGACUUAAGGCUUCAGUGGUUUUGAAACGCGAGAAGCGCGUAGCGUGCCCCUACAUGCAUUUGCCUCUCGCUGACAUCCAAAUUGAACCGUUACAAUGGCGAUUCCUUGAAAUCAGAGAAAGUAAAGAAACUUUCAUGGUUGUUGACCAUUCGUUCAUUCAGAAUCUUUGGGAGUAUUGUUUUUCUAAUUUGGAUACACUGUACCCACAAGGUUUCACACCAAAGAAGUAA